AUGAUCGUCUACGGCGGGCACGCGAAGGAAGGCCAGGCCUGCUUCAGCGACGUCUGGGAACUUGACCUGCAGACGUGGACCUGGGCCUACGUGCACGAGGCGCUGCCGGAGCCGGCAGGGCCCGGCGUGCGGCUUAUGCACUCCGCCCAUAUCUACCGCGAUCGGAUGUACGUGCUGAUGGGGAAGCCGAACUACACGUGUGCGAUGUUUUGGUACCUCGACCUCAACGAUUACACCUGGCAAGAGGUGAAGAUGCCGCCGCCGUCGGCGUCGGUGGGGAUUAAGUUCCCCCUCGUCGGCCACGCCGCAGUGGUGGAGGGGGAUUUUUUAUAUGUCUUUGGGGGGUAUUACCAUAAACCAAGUCGACAGCAUCCAUAUUCGCCGGAAUCGUACUCUGGAGGGAUUUAUCGCUAUGAUUUUCUGAAUAAUACCUGGUGGCAGCCUUUUCUCGCUAGUCCUGUGCGGCCUCCAGGGCGUUAUGCGUGUGCGAUGGGAGUGAAAGAUGGGUGUGUGUAUAUUUUUGGCGGGGAUGCACAUAAAUGCACAGUUUACUACGAUGAUUUCUGGAUGUUGAAUACAACAGAGGAGAAUCCAUGUUGGAAGGAAGUUUGGCGAGGUUCGCUUGAUAGCGGCCGCCCCUCCCCUCGCAGCGGCCUGGGCUACGCGAUGGCCCGGGAGGCUUUAUACGUCUUAGGUGGCGAAAUUUCCCACAAUGAUACGGAUAGGGUACAGUAUACCAAUGAAUUGUAUCGAUAUCCUUUGAAGCUUUCCACGAAAAUCUCGCUUGUGGAGAACAUCUCACGCUGGCUGUCGAUGACGUCUCUUCAUAGUGUAACCGCAAGCCUCUAUUUUCCGCGUUUACCUUCGGCAGCUCUUCGUAUUCUUAAAAGCUAUAUCCCACAGCAGUAG